CCCGUCCUCCCAGCCGCGCUGCUGCCGCUGCUGUUGGCCCCCUGCGCAUCCCAGGAGCUUCUGUCGUCCGUUCUGUUACCCUGCUCUUUUCGGGACUAUCACCAUGGGGAGACUGGAUGCGCUUCGGCAGUUUAGUUUGAUCAAAUGGCUCCGAGAGGAGAGACAAUCGAGGAAACUGAGUCUCUUCAUUGUUUUCGUCGCUCUGCUCUUGGAUAACAUGCUGCUGACUGUAGUCGUUCCCAUCAUCCCCAGCUACCUGUACACUCUGGAUGAGUCAACAGACGUGGUGUUGAAGAACAGCACAGCAUCACAGCCGGCAGCUCCAGGAACCUUUCACAGCAUUGUGUCCUUAUAUGAUAACACCGUGAGGUCUUCAGGUUCCAACACCACAGCCAGGUCUCCGGACCUGGUCCCUACGGCCCCCGCUGCCACACAGCUGCCACACAACUCCUCUGAAUGCCCCCAGUCUGCCAGCACGCUGCUCAAUGAGAAUGUCAAAGUGGGAUUGCUGUUCGCCUCCAAGGCCACCGUACAGCUGAUUAUCAACCCCUUCAUAGGCUCACUCACAAACAGAAUAGGAUACCAGCUUCCCCUAUUCGCUGGCUUCUGUAUCAUGUUCCUCUCUACUAUCAUGUUUGCCUUCUCAUCGAGCUACGCUCUGCUGUUUGUGGCCAGAUCCCUGCAGGGUGUGGGCUCGUCCUGCUCCUCUGUGGCUGGGAUGGGAAUGCUUGCGAGUGUGUACACUGAUGAUGAGGAGAGAGGCAAGGCUAUCGGGAUCGCCCUGGGGGGGCUGGCACUGGGAGUGUUAGUUGGACCCCCAUUCGGCAGCGUGAUGUAUGAGUUUGUUGGGAAGACUGCUCCUUUCCUUAUUCUGGCUUUCCUGGCUUUGUUUGAUGGAGCUCUGCAGCUCAUUGUUCUUCAGCCCACCAAGGUGGAACCAGAGAGUCAGAAGGGGACCCCGCUGUUGACGCUAAUGAAGGAUCCAUACAUUCUGAUCGCAGCUGGUGCCAUUUGUUUUGGAAAUAUGGUCAUUGCCAUGAUGGAACCAACGCUGCCAAUCUGGAUGACUGAGAACAUGUGUUCCAGUGAAUGGCAGCUAGGCAUUGUUUUCAUACCAGCGUCCAUCUCCUACCUUAUUGGAACCUACAUCUUUGGCAAGUUGGCGCAUAAGAUGGGGAGAUGGCUUUGUGCUCUCAUUGGAAUGGUGCUACUUGGAGUCAGUGUAAUAUGUGUUCCAUUUGCCAAAAACAUCUAUGGUCUGAUUGUUCCAACCUUAGGUAUUGGUUUUGCUGUUGGCAUGGUGGACUCAUCUAUGAUGCCUAUCAUGGGUUACCUGGUGGACCUGCGCCAUGUGUCUGUUUAUGGAAGUGUGUAUGCCAUUACUGAUGUGGCUUUGUGCAUGGGACUUGCUUUCGGUUCAUCAAUCGGAGGAGCCAUAGCUGAGAGUAUUGGCUUCCCCUGGCUGAUGACCAUCAUUGGAAUAGUGAAUAUUCUUUUUGCUCCUCUUUGCAUCUUCCUCAGGAGUCCACCGGGACAAGAAGAGAAAAUUACUUUAGUGAUGGGAGAAAAACCAUGAAUUACCUUACCAUCAUCGGACAUCAAUCGGCUGCAUGCAUAUCUCCAUCCUGCCUUCAUGUCCAUUUGUUCGUCUCCAUGCAUCAUCUACCAUAAUUCAUCACCUCUCUCAUUACAUUCUGUCUGUAUUUACCACCAUGUGUUCAUCUUCUCUGCCAUUUUACCUCCAUCGGUAUUUGCUCUUUUAAAUCAGCCAUUUCAUAAGUUUUUACUAGGGGAUGCUCCGAUCAAUUGCAUUGGAAUUGGCCCGAUUCUGACCCUAUUAAGUGAAGUCAGUAUCGAUCCACAUUAAAUACUUUAUGGGGGCAU